GGAACUGUGACGACCGAGUAUCAAGAAAUAUUCAAAUCCUGCCUGCCUGCUGUGUUUGUGUCACCCUCCUCCAGGUUAAAAAAUCAGCCCACGAGCCCCACGAGAAGCACCAACCAAUCAAAGCCCCAAACUUCAAUUGCUGAUGCUCUUUGAUGGUCAAAUACCGUAAAAAAAGCAGGCAACAUAACACAGAAGAAAAAUCUACUACUUUCUACUGCCAUUGUACUGUACUGCUUUUCUCCUCUCAAAUUCAACUCUUUCCAAUGUCCUAAAAGCUCGCCGAGCCAUACUUUGGUUUUCAUCCUAUUUCUUCCAAAACCUUUGAUCAAUCAAUCAAUCAUGGCUUCCUCACUCUCGGGCAUCUGUUUCAACCCGCCAAAACCCACUCAAAACCCACCUUCUCAAACCCCUUCCCCAUUCCAAAAAUUCAAUCUUUCCUUCCAAAACAAGCCCGCAACUACCAGAUUCUCAGUCCAGGCGGUGGCGCGUGAAGUCCAACCGCCAAUCGCGAACUCCAAUAAUGACGCCGUUCCGAAGUCCUCUUCCUCAUCUUUAUCUUCAAAAUCAGCAGUUUCUCUGGAGAAAGAUCAGAGGGCCUUGUGGAAGAGGUACGUAGACUGGAUGUACCAGCACAAGGAGCUCGGGCUGUACUUGGACAUCAGUCGGGUCGCUUUUACUGAUGAAUUUGUGGAAGAAAUGGGGCCCAGAAUGCAGAAGGCGUUUAAGGAUAUGCAGGAGCUGGAAAAAGGGGCGAUUGCUAACCCUGAUGAAGGGAGGAUGGUGGGUCAUUAUUGGUUGAGGAGCCCUAAGCUUGCACCUAAUAGUUUUCUGAGGCUGCAGAUUGAGAAUACUCUGGAAGCUGUUUUCCAGUUUGCAAAUGAUGUCAUCAGCGGUAAGAUAAAGCCUCCUGCUCCAGCUGAAAGAUUUACACAAAUACUUUCUGUGGGAAUUGGUGGUUCGGCUCUUGGACCUCAAUUUGUUGCUGAGGCUCUGGCACCGGAUAAUCCUCCACUCAAGAUAAGGUUCAUAGACAAUACAGAUCCAGCUGGCAUUGAUCACCAGAUUGCGCAGCUUGGUCCUGAGCUAGCAACCACACUUGUUAUUGUGAUCUCAAAGAGUGGUGGCACUCCAGAAACAAGAAAUGGAUUGCUGGAAGUACAGAAGGCUUUCCGUGAAGCUGGCCUGGAGUUUGCGAAACAGGGUGUUGCAAUUACUCAAGAGAAUUCAUUACUUGACAAUACUGCAAGAAUUGAGGGUUGGUUGGCUAGAUUCCCCAUGUUUGACUGGGUUGGUGGUCGAACUUCUGAGAUGUCUGCUGUUGGAUUGCUUCCAGCUGCACUACAGGGAAUUGACAUUAAGGAAAUGCUUGCUGGUGCUGCAUUGAUGGAUGAAGCAAAUAGGACCACUGUGGUAAAAAAUAACCCAGCUGCAUUGCUAGCUUUGUGUUGGUAUUGGGCUACUGAUGGCAUUGGGUCAAAGGACAUGGUUGUCCUUCCUUACAAGGACAGUCUAUUAUUGUUUAGUAGAUAUCUGCAGCAGCUGGUCAUGGAAUCUCUUGGAAAAGAGUUUGAUCUUGAUGGAAAUCGGGUGAAUCAAGGGAUCAGUGUCUAUGGAAACAAAGGGAGCACAGAUCAGCACGCCUACAUUCAACAGCUGAGGGAGGGUGUACAUAACUUCUUUGUGACUUUCAUUGAAGUGUUACGUGACAGACCCCCUGGUCAUGAUUGGGAACUCGAACCAGGGGUUACCUGUGGUGACUACCUGUUUGGGAUGUUGCAUGGAACAAGGUCAGCUCUGUAUGCAAAUGAUAGGGAGUCUAUUAGUGUUACUGUUCAAGAAGUGACGCCUAGAUCUGUUGGGGCUUUAGUAGCGCUUUAUGAAAGAGCUGUUGGGAUAUACGCCUCACUUGUCAACAUCAAUGCUUACCAUCAACCCGGUGUCGAAGCAGGCAAAAAAGCAGCAGGAGAAGUUCUAGCUCUUCAAAAGCGUGUCCUUGCUGUACUUAAUGAAGCAAGCUGUAAAGAGCCCGUUGAACCUUUAACACUUGAAGAAGUUGCAGACCGUUGUCAUGCUUCAGAAGAUAUUGAAAUGAUCUUCAAGAUAAUUGCUCAUAUGGCUGCCAACGACAGAGCCAUCAUUGCUGAAGGCAGUUGUGGUUCACCUCGGAGCAUCAAAGUAUUCUUGGGCGAGUGUAAUGUCGAUGAGUUGUACGCAUAAACACACAAAUAAAAGCCUCAUGUUUUCUUGUCUGUUGAGUCUCACAUAAAAUAGGUCCCAUCAAAUUGGUUCUGACCACAGUUUUUUUGAUGGUUUUUGAUUACUGAAGAUGCUCUACUGGCUUUGUCAACAAAUAAAAAUAUCUGUCAAUGGAAACUAGGAUUGAAAAAUCUGCUCAGA